GUGACCCUCGCUCCACGGCAGUGGCCUGGUGCAAUUGCGACUUCUGGCCACUAGGUGUCAUCCUGUCCUCACUGUGGUGCGGGCUCCAAUCCGCCUCACAAUGAGUAAGGCCGUUCUGCGGAGCGAGAGAAGCAGACCCGGAGGGAAAGCAGCAGCCUUAAGCUGGUGCGGGAAGUGAAGAGGUGUACUUUAGGGAGCUGGAAGUGAAGGACGCGAGCAGAAAGUGGGGACUAGAGGACCUGUUUCAAAAGGAAAAAACUAGAAACCCAAGCUCGGACACCCAGGGACCAAAGCCUUUUGGGUGUUUGCUGUCUCCCCUGCUGGUUCCAGGGUUACACAUUAACCCCCAUGGGGCUCCAGGGUCACUCAAGGCCCAGUCAGUUACUAAGUGACAGCACGAUCUGAUGUCUUGGGUGAGCUGUUUACCCCCUUUUGUGCUCCCAAGUUCCCAGCUCGCUCACUAGAAAGCCUAUCUACCAGCGGACUCCGGCCUGAGCCAGUGACCGCAGGUUCCCUCCAGUCUUUCCACGUAGGCUAGUUUGGGGCGGGGCGGGAACAAAAGAUAAACAUCCCUUCCCACGCCUUCCUCACCCAUUCAGAAAUAGGGACGUUAACCCUUAGCUAACGACCACCUCCUGAAUACUAGGGUUUUAUAUCUCCCUUAGAGCAGCGGUGGCAUGAAUAAGGAUUAAACUGACCCCAGUCGAAACCCUAGCAGUGAUACUAGCCAGCCUACCAUUUCUGGACAGAAGCGUAGAACCCUCUCGGGUUUUCCCCCACCCUGACACUUUCGGGUAGAGGUUUACUUCCAUUCCCAUCUCACCCCCAAGAGGUUCGAGACGAGCACCGAGGACUGGGUCCCCUUGCGGCAGCGUUUUGUUCGGGAUUCUGAAAAGCCGAGAGCGCGGUGCUGAGUACUUGUGACAACCAGGUGACCACGUCACGUACUCUCAGGAUUGUGCACCUGUGUCUCCGCAAGGCUGACCAGAAGCUGGUGAUCAUCAAGCAGAUCCCCGUGGAGCAGAUGACCAAGGAGGAGCGGCAAGCGGCACAGAACGAGUGCCAGGUGCUCAAGCUGCUCAGCCACCCCAACGUCAUCGAGUAUUACGAGAACUUCCUAGAGGACAAGGCCCUCAUGAUCGCCAUGGAGUAUGCACCAGGUGGCACCCUGGCCGAGUUCAUCCAGAAGCGCUGCAAUUCCCUGCUGGAGGAGGAGACCAUCCUCCACUUCUUCGUACAGAUCCUGCUUGCCCUGCACCACGUGCACACGCACCUCAUCCUGCAUCGGGACCUCAAGACCCAGAACAUCCUUCUCGACAAACACCGCAUGAUCGUCAAGAUCGGUGACUUCGGCAUCUCUAAGAUCCUCAGCAGCAAGAGCAAGGCCUACACGGUGGUGGGUACUCCAUGCUACAUCUCCCCUGAGCUGUGUGAGGGCAAGCCCUACAACCAGAAGAGUGACAUCUGGGCUCUAGGCUGUGUCUUAUAUGAGCUGGCCAGUCUCAAGAGAGCCUUUGAGGCUGCGAACCUGCCAGCCCUGGUGCUGAAGAUCAUGAGUGGCACCUUUGCGCCCAUCUCUGACCGGUACAGCCCCGAGCUGCGCCAUCUUGUCCUGAGCCUGCUCAGCCUGGAGCCUGCACAGCGGCCACCCCUCAGUCACAUCAUGGCACAACCCCUCUGCAUCCGGGCUCUCCUCAACCUUCACAGCGAUGUGGGCAGCGUCCGUAUGCGGAGGGCAGAGAAGUCCCUGGCCCCAGGACCACCCAUGGCCCCUGGCAGCACAGGGAGCAGGGUCACCAGUGCCCGAUGCAGGGGUAUUUCCCGGGGACCUGUGAGACCGGCCAUCCCACCGCCACUGUCUUCGGUGUACGCGUGGGGUGGUGGACUUAGCGUCCCCCUGAGGCUCCCGAUGCUCAACACUGAAGUGGUGCAGGUGUCCGCAGGGCGCACGCAGAAGGCUGGUGUUACACGCUCUGGGCGCCUCAUCCUGUGGGAGGCCCCGCCCCUAGGCACUGGCGGAGGCACGCUCCUCCCAGGGGCAGUGGAGCUGCCUCAGCCCCAGUUCGUCUCACGUUUCCUGGAGGGCCAGUCGGGUGUGACCAUCAAGCAUGUGGCCUGCGGGGACCUGUUCACGGCUUGCCUGACUGACCGAGGCAUCAUCAUGACCUUUGGCAGUGGCAGCAAUGGGUGUCUAGGCCAUGGCAACCUCACUGACAUCAGCCAGCCCACCAUCGUGGAAGCCCUGCUGGGCUAUGAGAUGGUACAGGUGGCUUGUGGUGCCUCUCAUGUCCUGGCCCUGUCCACAGAUGGAGAACUGUUUGCCUGGGGCCGCGGAGAUGGUGGGAGGCUGGGAUUAGGCACCAGGGAGUCCCAUAGCUGCCCCCAGCAGGUGCCUGUGCCCCUAGGACAGGAAGCUCAAAGAGUUGUUUGUGGUAUUGACUCUUCCAUGAUCCUCACCUUGCCUGGCAGGGCUCUGGCCUGUGGAAGUAACAGGUUCAACAAGCUAGGCUUGGAUCACCUAUCCCUGGAUGAGGAGCCUGAUCCCCACCAGCAAGUGGAGGAGGCCCUGAGCUUCACACCACUGGGCUCUGCACCUCUGGACCGGGAGCCCCUGCUGUGUGUGGACCUGGGCACUGCUCAUUCUGCUGCUGUGACUGCCUCUGGUGACUGCUAUACUUUUGGAAGCAAUCAGCACGGGCAAUUGGGCACCAGUUCUCGCCGGGCCAGCAGGGCGCCCUGUCGGGUCCAAGGCCUAGAGGGCAUCAAGAUGGUGAUGGUGGCCUGUGGGGAUGCCUUCACUGUAGCCAUUGGGGCAGAAGGGGAAGUGUAUUCUUGGGGCAAAGGAGCCCGAGGUCGACUGGGAAGGAGGGAUGAGGACGCUGGACUCCCUAGGCCAGUGCAGCUGGAUGAGACUCUUCCUUACAUGGUGACUUCAGUGUCCUGCUGCCAUGGGAACACUCUCCUGGCUGUUCGAUCGGUCACUGACGAACCAGUCCCCCCCUGAGGCAACAGGACUAACCAGGAGUCAGACCACCUCUGAGUGCUUUGAAAAAUGCAGGUGCCUAAGGAACCACUAUUUCCAGCGUCCUGGAUUGUGUACACCACCAGUGAGGUGGGAAGGCCACCGAAGGCCACUGUGUUCCUCCAAGCCCCGGCCCCAAACUCCUUAUCUUACUCAGUGUCUUCAGGCUCCAGUCUGGCAGGAAUUAACAGCACAUGCACAUACACACACACACCCCAAGCCGGGUUAGAAAGAAGUCCCUGGCGUGUGGUGUCCUUGUGGAGACUGAUGCCAUGCUUUGGAGCAGGGCAAGCCAGGGCUUGUUUGGACUGGCCAUUAGGCCUGCCUAAUCUCUGCAUAGCUUGAGGCUGAUAGGUCGGAGGGAGUCCCCAUUUCUGUCAUUCCUGAGGCAGGGGUUUGAUAAACCUCUGGAAGCCCCCCUCCCCAACCUCCCAGGGAGGGAGUGCUGGAGCUAUUGUGUGGUUGCUGAGGGGGAUCCUACAGAAGGUUGCCCCUUACCCCAGGCCAUUUCCCAGACCUAGACUGAGGAAAAAGGUAUCAGGCCAGACUCGACCAGUUUCUCAAAGGUUUGAAAAUAGCGCCAAUAAAAUUAUCAAAUGCU